AUGAGCUCUAGAGACACCCAACCCAUGGCAAUCGAGCCUGCCAUGACGGCCGAGGUGAUUGAUCUGGAUCCGCCACCUACCCGAUAUCGCGACGCGGUUCCUCGAUCGCUCGAGCUACGGCUCUACGUGUCGCAUUUCCUCUCCACAUGGAACUCGCGACUUUUUGAGUUCGCUGCUGUGCUCUUCCUAGCAUCGGUUUUCCAUGACACGCUGCUGCCCAUGUCUGUCUACGCCCUGGCUCGGAGUGGCGCCGCCAUUGUCUUCGGUCAGUCGAUUGGGUCUUGGAUUGACCGCGGCGACCGCCUGGCCGUGGUGCGCGUCUCUAUCGUCGGUCAGCGUCUGGCCGUUGUUGUGAGCUGCGGGCUGUUCUGGGCUCUGGAAUUGCGGGGUCAUGGCCACUGGAUGGACUCCCCCGGUCUUGGGGAUGGCCUCUUUGCCCUGGCUGUGGUGCUGGCUUGCGUCGAGAAGCUGUGUGCCGUCAUGAAUCUUGUGUCGGUCGAGAGGGAUUGGGUUGUCAUCAUCACCGAGGGAAAUGAAUUAACACGCCGGGUUUUGAACGCAAGGAUACGGAGGAUCGAUCUCUUCUGCAAGCUGGUGGGACCACUAAUAAUUUCAGCAGUUGCCGCUGCAUCGACUCUUCUGGCCAUCUGGACUACCCUGGCCAUGAACAUCCUGUCGGUGGCGGUGGAAUAUAUCUGCAUCGCCCAGGUCUACAAGCAUGUGCCGGCUCUUGCUGUUCAACGAGAGGCUGGCAAUGCGCCAGCGCAUUCGGGGGCGCCGGCCUCUACCAGGUCCGCUGCUGCCUUGUCCUGGGUGAAAUCCAUGGCGUAUCGUGUCCUCCCUAUCGAGUCGUUCCCCUUUUACUUCCACCAUGCAGCAUUCCUGCCGUCCUUUUCACUUGCGCUGCUGUACUUGACUGUGCUUUCCUUUUCGGGCCAGAUGAUCACUUACCUGGUCUCGGUCGGCUACAGCUCGUUGCACGUCGGAGUCGCUCGCACCGUCAGCACCGUGUUUGAGUUGAGCGCCACAUGGAUUGCGCCCCGCCUGAUGAAGCGGAUUGGCAUCGUCAGGGGAGGCAUCUGGAGUCUGUGCUGGCAGAUGGCCUGGCUCGCUGCGGGUGUUGCAUGGUUUUUCGCAGAUGCUUCUGGUAAGGGCACCAACAGCAUAGCCUCUGCGACGGGAAUCGUCGUCGCCGUUGCCCUCAGUCGCAUCGGACUCUGGGGCUAUGAUUUGUGCGCUCAGAAUAUCAUACAAGAUGAGGUCGAAUCGGAAUAUCGCGGGACCUUCUCCACCGUCGAGGCAUCGUUCCAAAACCUAUUCGAACUGCUCUCGUAUGCGUCCACAAUUGUCUUUUCCCGACCGGACCAAUUCCAAUGGCCCAUCGUUAUCAGUGUCGUGGCCGUCUAUACUGCAGGUGGCUUGUAUACGGCCUUUGUGCGGCGGCGACGUGGACACCUCUUUCAUGCACCGCCGUGUAUGGGAGAUAAAAGAGGCACAUUGUGA